AAAUUCAACUUCAAAGAUAAAAAUUAUCAAGUUACUUUGUGGUAUUUCAAAUUGAUUGAUCAUUUGAUCGUAAUAGUUUAGGUUACAAGUAAUAAAUAAUAAUUAUGGGAAACGUAAAUGAGAAAGUCGACGCAGCUGCGGCGGGUGAUGUUGCAAAAAAAGCCGAAGAACCUAAAAAAUUGAAACCUUGUUGUGCUUGUCCAGAAACGAAAAAAGUCAGAGAUGCCUGCAUAAUCGAAAACGGCGAAGAAAAUUGCCAACACUUAAUAGAGGCUCAUAAGGAGUGUAUGCGGAAAGCUGGAUUUAAUAUAUAAAAUUGAUACUAGUUGGAUUAGUUUGAAUUAAUGAUCAUAAGUAGUGUACAUACAAAUAGAUUGUUCAUAACUGUGUAAAUAAAUUAUUCAUAACUGA